AUGGAUCAGAAGUCUCAGAAGAUUGAGGUUGUGGUGGCAGCUGCAGAGAGGUAUUUGGACAAAGACUCCAGCGAAGAGGAAACAGAGAAGGAUGAAGAAAGGAGUAGGACGAGGUUGAGGUGUUACCAAGGUGAUAGGGAGAACCCAGAUGACGAGCCUAGCGAACUGGGAGCUGCCAUUACUGCAACCCCCGAAACACUUUCCUGCCUGGUCUCUCUUCACUGCUAUCCACAGCAUCUCCUCGGCAGUUCUGACCUUGAAGUGGAGUUAACAGCUGAGGUGAGAGUGGAAGGCUCGUUACUGCUCAGUAUCCUGUCCACUGUCGCCCCUGGUAUAGGCAACAGGAAGUCAGGGUUGCUCUUUGAUCCCCGACCCUCAGUAUCCCUGCUCCACCCACAACCCCAGGCUCCAGGGAGUUCUGGACUACAGCUUACCCCAGGCCCAGCUCCCAUCCUGGCCAUGGACUUAACUCAAAUCCCAUGCCUUAAAGGGAUGCCUGAUGUCCCUCCUUCUCACGGGAUCACAGAGACUGCCAAGAGCCCCCUGCCCUCCUCCACAUCUUCCUCCUCUCCCGCCUCCCCACCUUCCUCUUCAUCCUCCUCUCCUGGUGCCGUGGCAACCGGCUACAACAAUGAUAUCCAGGAGGGAAGUGCCAACAGCAUGAUGAUGGGUGAUGUGGUGUCCUCCACUUCUGCCUCCCUGGCUUCUCACUCUGACCCCUCGUUCUCCUCAGAUCCCUUGUUAUGCCUCUCACCCCUUGUGGGCACCAACGGACAAAAAGAGCUCGAGACGGAGAUUUACGACCCAUUUCACCCCACGGAAGGAGAGAGAGAGGAAGGAGCGACGGAGGAGGAAGGGGAAAAGUACGACCCCUUUGAUCCGACCGGCUCUCCCCCCUCAGAGAGUGAGGAAGGGGAGUGUGAGACGGGGGGAGGGAGGGAGAGAGGGAACAGCGUGAGCAGCAUGGGGAGCGAUGCUAGAGGGAAGAGAAGGAAGGUAGAAACGGGGAGGACAGGAGGAGAGGAGAAAGACAAUGCUCCUCCAGACUCCACGGACGCUCUCUCUGUUCCCCCGCUCUCACCGCGCUCCCUCCCUCUCCCCCUUCGGAGGAGGCUGGACCGAACCAAAGAGCCCCGGGUGAAAGUACGGGAGAGGCGAGAGAAGGCGAACCACUCGGACCACUCUGAGAUUGAGGAGGGUGAGAUCGUUGGGGCCACUGAGAGGGAUGGAGGAAAGAGGGAGGAGAGGGGCCGGGAAGGAGUCCUUCCUCUCGUCCUCCCCAUCUCCUCUGGCAGUCCUUUCCUCCACAGGGGAGCCAAGCCGGAGAGGAUCCUGAGGGUGUUGGACGGGGAUAGCUUUGUGUCGGUGCGGGCUGAGGGGGACUGGGUGAGGCUGGUGAUGCCUGGCAGGGAGGAUGGGGAGCCCAUGGAUGAGGAGGAGGACGAGGAAGAAGAGGAGGAGGAGCUGGUGGUGGUCGGGGUAGGAGAUCUGAGGAGGAAGCUGGUCAGCCGGCGUAAUGCGAGAUACCGCUCCUCCUUCCCCUCUUCCCUCUCGCCUCAGCACCUCCCACCGUCUCCUCACACCGUCCCUCUGGCCCCCUCCCCACUCACUGCCGAGAAGGACAAGAGCCGCAAGAGCUCCAAGGAGAGGGAGCGGCGCAAGCGAAAGGAGUGCAAGGUAGGGGAGGAGGAUCAGGAAGAGGAGAGGAGGAGGAAGAAAAGGAAAGAAAAGGAUGGUGGUAGAGAGAAUGGUGGGGAGAGGAAGGAAAGACACAGGGAGAGGGGGCGGCGGAGUGAGAAAGAGAAGAAAACAAAAGUGGAGAAGGAGAGAGGGAGGAGCAGCAGAAGCGACAGCAGGAAGAGGAAGAAGAGGCGACGGAGCACCCCGGAAUCUUCAGCACGCCCCCGCUCACAAAACACCUCAGCGCAGCAGGCCGGGGGCCGCUCCUGGUCAAACACUUCAGAGGACCGACACAGAGAGAGAGACAGAGACCGGUACAGAGACAGAGUUGGGGAACGAGACGGUGAUCGAGACAAGGACAGAAAGAAAGAUGACACCCGGAGAAGGGAGAGGGAUGGAGACUCUAGCCGGAUAAAGAGGGAAAGAGAGCGAGACGGCGUCCGCAAAUCAACCAGCCGAGAAAGAGGCAGCUCCAAGAGGUCCAAAGGAAGCGUAGAACCUAGGCACCGGGAAAGGGACAGGCAGCAGGACAGAGAAAGGCACAGAGAAAGGCACCAGGACAGAGAAAGGCACAGAGAAAGGCACAGAGAAAGGCACCAGGACAGAGAAAGGCACAGAGAAAGGCACCAGGACAGAGAAAGGGACAGAGAAAGGCACCAGGACAGAGAAAGGGACAGAGAAAGGCACCAGGACAGAGAAAGGGACAGAGAAAUGCACCAGGAAAGAGAAAGGGACAGGGAGAGACGUCGAGAUGGUCGACCCGUGGUGCCGCCAUCCAUCCAGGAUCUCAAUGGCUCUGACCUGUUCGCCAUCAAGCGAACCAUCACGGUCACCACGACCACCACCACCACUCUCCCCGGAUCCCCCCCGCUGGCUCCAUCCUCCCCCCGCAGCCCCUCCCAGGGCUCUGAAAAGCCCCACAAGAGGAAGAAGAAGAGCCGUCGGCGCUCGGACGAAGAGUUAGAAGACAGCAUUGGCCGGCCUGGGAGCCUCUCCCUCUCUCCGCCGUCACAUUACCAUGGCUAUGACUCGGACCACUUCUCAGACAAACUGGAGAUAGACAUGCAUUCUCUGGACGGGGAGGCUCUGGAUUCAGACUACCCCUCUAUAGAAGACUCCCCUCCCCAGCUUCUGGAACCCGCUGCCCUCAGUGCCAAACCCAAGACCGCUACCAAACCUGGACGCCACCACUUCAAGAAGAAAUCACGAACGGGCAAGAAAGCUGGUCAGUCCAAGUCGUCCUCUUCCUCCUCGGUUCGACCUAAAGGUAAGGAGCUCUCCACCUCCUCACUCUCCCCAACCCAGGCCACCCCCGGCCUGGCCUCCGCCCCAGCCACCCUCCCCUCGGCCAAACGAGGGCGGAAGAUAGGGAAGGAGAAAGAGCGUGGGGAAAAAGGAAAGAAAGAGUCUGGUCGGUCUGGCAGGUCCAAGAAAUUAAGUGGAGGUGGGAGGAAAGCCAAGCUGCAGUCCAAAGUGUCAGUGCUGGUGCGCGAGGGUGUGAGCAGCACCACGGGGGGCCCAGUGGGCUCGGGGAAGCUGGGCAUGGAGCUCCUCGGGGUGGGCGGGUCAGUAGGGGCCUCUGGGGGGCCGGUGGUGGGAGGCUCCAUUGCCGUGGUCUUUAGGAGGGACAAUGAGAGCAGAUCUCCGUUCCUCAAGCCGUGCUCUGAGCCUCUAUUGCUGAGUGGACGCAACAAGGACCUGGGGAAGGUGGGCAAACGCAGUUCCCUGGCCGUUCCACCUUCCUCCUUGCUGGCUAAUCCCACGGUGGCAGCGCUGAAGUCCAAGAAGGCCAAGCCCAGCUCUACCACCUCCACAUCCUCCUCGGCGUCUUCGCCCUCAUUGUCCCUAGCAACCAAGCGUAGGAGGCGGCUGGCGAAGAAGACGCGGGGAGAGAAAGGCCUCGCCAGUGGUUUGACGGACGUGGAUGGCGCUAUAGCCAACUGUAGCUCUGAGGGCGGCGGCUGGGGUGGGUCUUCCUCCGACAUCCAAUCAGGAGUGGGGGCUAAACCCUCCAGUCCGCACUCUGGUCCAGCUGGUCCAACCCCUUCCUCAUCCUCUUCAUCAUCCUCUUCCACCAGUGUCCUCCCCCCGUCCUCCUCACCCCCCCACACCCCUCCGCCCUCCCUCACCGCCUCGCGUGAUGCUCGGGAGUCAUCUCCCGACUCUCAGACAGUGGACAGCAGCUGUAAGACUCCUGAGCCCUCUUUCCUACCCGAGGACUGCCCCGCUCAGACCCAGAGCACCCUCAACCUGUCCCCCUCCAGUCCCUCGUCCCAGGGGGGAGGCCUCUCACAGUACGGCCCCUCCAACAUGAAGCCACUCCCUCUAGACGAAGACCCCAAAUCCCUGGCUUCACCCCCUUGUUCCUCCUCAUCUGUCUCUGCCUUCGCCUCGCUUUCCUUUCCUCCUUCCUUCACAGACCCCUCCUCCUCCGCCUCUUCUGUUUCUUCCUCCUCGGCAAACAAGCUGCCACCGCCCCCACCUCCCCCUCCUGCUGCCCCUACCCUCCCCUGGAGUCUACAGACAGGAGUGGACUGCACGGCCGGAGGAGUUUUAGCAUUGACAGCUCUGCUGUUUAAGAUGGAAGAGGCCAAUAUCGCAAGUAGAGCCAAAGCCCAGGAGUUCAUCCAUGCUACCAGCCAGAUUCUCUCCCAAACCAAUCAGAACCAUUCAUCGCAGCAUGCCCCUUCUUCCUCCUCCCAGGUUCCUCCUUCCCCUGGUCCCACCCCUGCUCAGUUCAUCCUGCACAGCGCUCUCCCAUUGGUGGGCUGCACCAAAACCCCGCCCAACCACCUGCACCUUGGCAUGUCUUUGGGUGGCGGCUGUGCCCAGACCCCGCCCCCUCUCAUGCCCUCUGGGUUCUCGGGAGGGUCCGGAGACUCCAGUGAUAUAGGCUGGGACAACGAGAGCAAGGACCCUGACAAGUACCUGAAGAAGCUCCACACUCAGGAGCGUGCGGUGGAGGAGGUGAAGCUGGCCAUUAAGCCUUACUACCAGCGUAAAGACAUCAACAAGGACGACUACAAGGACAUCCUGAGAAAGGCAGUGCACAAGAUCUGCCACAGUCGAAAUGGAGAGAUCAACCCGGUCAAGGUGAGCAACCUGGUCAAGCUUUAUGUUCAGAGGUACAAGUACUUCAGGAAGCACGGUCGAAAGAUGGAUGAGGAAGUGAGGGAGGACAGAGAGAUGGAUUCUUCCUAUUGAUUGGAGAAGGGGUCGCUCUCACACUACUCCCAUUGGUUCUGCUGCCCACUCUUUGCACGUGACUGGGCCCACUGAGGCCGUAGAGUGACAUUUGUUUUAUUCACCUCCCUAUUUGCUAUCCCCAUGUAAACUCGUAACCGCCCGCCCCCUCUCUCGUCUCCUGUGUGUCUUGCUGUACAGAAAUAUUGAGUAGAUAUCCGCAAAAUAUACACACGCACUAUAUAUGAAUAAAAAAAAAUUACAAUGUUAUGGGAGCGAUGCAGAACACACAUGCAUACACACUUACACGUGCGCGCACACACAUACUGUACAUAAUGUAAGUACACUACACUGACUCCUUUCUCUAUGUGUGGUAUAAACCUGUCAGGUUGUUGGUCGGCUGGUUUAAAUAUAGAGAUUUGACUCUUGA